UGGUAGUUUUGUCUAAUUUAAAAUGAUACGUCGCUUGUCUUGACAAUAUAAUAGUAAAUAUUGUGAACAAUUGACUCUGUAAUCCGGAAGAUUUGUGUGUUUUUGAUUUGACAUGUAUCGAGUUUGUGAUCGUUUUGAUCACUGAAUUCACCGAUCAAUUUUAGUUUAUUUUUUCCUGUAAAAAGCGUUUCGUUUAUGGGAUAUAGUGUUUUGUAUUGAAACUCUGUAAAGAAAGCACAAGGAAAUAGAGUGUUACGUAUUGAAAAACUACAAGAUGUUGAUUUCGGGGCAGGACUCGUUGGAAGUGAAUAUCAUUCUUAAAUACAUGUUCAAAUAUGUGUUGUACUUUUUCAACAAGUCUGUAUGUAUCGGUGCGUUUACUAUGAUGGGGUUGAUGAUAUAUGCGCUGGUGGUAAAGGAAAAGAAGUUGAUUGACGUAUAUGACUUCUUCUUGGAUCCUGCCUGCAUCCUUUGCCUGUUUGGAUGUGUCGCCUUCUUCGCCUCCCUCGUCGGAUGGUGGGGGCCCCUCCGGGAGAAUGUAGGCGUCCUCACAGCUUACGUGUGGAUGAUGACUAUCUUUUUUUUCGUACAAAUUGCGUUCGUUAUAAUCAUCUUCGUGGCGGUGUACUCGCCGGAAGCUCAGAAGGCAUUGCACAUGUACCCGGACGUUGCGCUUAACAAGGCGAUAAUUAAAUACACGGAGGACGAUGAUCUACGGGACUUCGUGAACAACUUCCAAGAAACGUUUGAAUGUUGUGGUGCGAGCGACAAUGAUGAGGGUUAUAAGGACUGGACGAAGAACGAGUAUUACAACUGCAGCGUGUCCGAAUUACAGAAGAAAUCCAACACGAUCUCCUGCUCCGUGCCUUACUCAUGUUGUCUUCGGAGUGAGAGCAGGGUUGUUGACAGCGCUUGUGGCCUUAACAUGCAGAUCGUUAAUGCAACUGUACGAGCACAGACUAUAUACACCCAAGGAUGUUUCAAACGUAUCGCCGACAUCAUGCGGAGCAAUGGACUGUAUGUGGGGAUAACGCUCUUGGUAAUCCUUGUUCCCCAGUUUGUCUUGACGUGGAUGGCUCAGAAACUCAGGGAUCAGAUCAAAGCUCAGCGACAGAAGUGGAACCAACGUCUUCGGUAACCGACAGUCAUGUUUGCGCAUGCCCAGUGGCCAUGAUCGAUUUACCCUUCUCGGAACACUUCUGUUAAUACUGUUAUGCCUGAGGCGACCUUGCAACGAGUGUUAUACAAUGUUUAUGUACAUAGACAAAUUUGAUCAUAAAUGUAGUCUAAUAAGCGACUUUAUUGCAAUAAUCGUUAAGAAACAUACAUGUGACACGUUUUUAGUGCUUUUUAACAAUCUUUAAACAGAGACUUAUUGAUUGUUAUAAUCAAAACUGGUUUGAAUCUGUAAAUAAUUCUGGUCGCUGUUCUCAUUACAAAAACUUUAAAACACUGUUGAAUGUUGAAAGAUACCUAUCAGUAGCUAUACCAUUUAAGCACAAGAUAGCACUUUCAAAAUUUCGAUGUUCAAACCAUAAAUUGAGAAUAGAAACUGGUAGGCAUCAAAACAUACCAAAAGAUGAUCGUAUAUGUACUUUUUGUUAUGAUAACGAACAUUUAUCUGUCUUAGAUUGUGAAUAUCAUGCAUUUUUUGUCUGUAGAACGUAUGGCAAUAUAAGAAGACAAUAUUUGUUUAAUUGGCACUCUGCUGGUAUAGAUUUAAAUGACUUUUAUAGCCUUAUGAAAACAACUAAUUAUGAGACUCUAAGUAAGUUGUCUUUCUAUGUAUAUCAUCUUCUUUUAGAAAUUAAAAAUUAAAAGGAUAUACUCAUGUUUGGAUAUAUGCUUAAGUUCCUUUUCUUGACACAACUCGUAUAUUAUUUGUUUUGUUAUGUAUGUCACGUAUUUUGGGCCGGUGGCCUUUGAUUACUUAAUAAAUUUGUGGACUUGA